AUGCAGGUGUUCCGCUACGACGGUUCCGGUCCGGUAGCGAAGAAAGAGGUGGAUGUCCUCUGGGAUGCGGUCUGGCAGCCGGCCGCACAAGGGGUGUACCCGGAUAGACCGGCUUCUCCCGGCCGUAAGGGUCCAACGGCAGCGGACGCCGCGGCUGGGCGAGGACCCACGUUCGGGGAGAAGGCGGCUGUUUACCGCUCGCCGGGUUCUACGGGGUCACUGGCGGCCCUCAUGAGGGCAGAGCGGGGUGUAGACAAGGCCGGGGCGGGCGGCAAGAAGGUCGGUCGCGUGGACGCGGCAAGGGCUAGCGGGACGUACAUCCCGGGGAUGGCACCACCGGAGGCGAACAAGCCUUCCAAGAAUGCCAAGAAGCAGGAAGCGAAGAAGCGCGCGAAGGAGAAGGCGGAAGCGCAAAAGCAAGUAGAAGCCAUCCUCGCGGCUGCCGCCGGGGGUGACGCGGACGGGGGGGAGAGAGGGGAUGGGGGCGGGGAGGCGGUUGCAGCGGCGGCGGUAGACCCGGCGAAGCGAGCGAAGGCGUUGUCGAAGAAGCUCAAGAAGCUGGAGACUGUCAAGGCUAAAAAGGAGGCGGGGGAGGCCAUCAACGCGGAUCAAAGCGCUCUGUUGGAUUCGGAGGCGGGGCUUCGGCAAGAGCUUGCAUCGCUGCAGCUGUGAUUGUUCGCGCCUACAUUGUAGCUACAUGCGCGAUCGACGACACCAUCACCUCCUUCGUAGAUGAUCCGAGAGCCGGGUGUGUUUUCCGAAGAGAGAAGAUCGAAAAAAAACCCUUCUUUCAUCUUCCGGAACGCGUGUCUCGGCAUCACUCGCCAACUGCGGCAUCACUCGCCAACGACGAACCCCAUCCUGCUUCCGGGAACACUUCUUUGCGUGCAGCAGUAGGUUAUUUUUCCCACAUGUUGUUGUGUCUCCCGAGGCCUCAACGCCCAUGUUGUUUCUGACCUUGGGAGAGGCUUGCCGUGAAGAGAGGCGGAUGGCGUUCGUUGAGUUCUCACGACGACGAGGCAGACACGAUUUUCGAACGAUUUUAUACGCGGCAAAGUAUUACCGGGUAGCCUGCGGAUUGACCUCAUUUGCUACCGCCCGUGCAGGUAUCAUUUGCGUGGUUGGUGUACUGUGCAAAGGUGGGGUUUACUUGAUAAAGGCACUCGUGGUCCCGUUCGUUGCCGUCAUGUUGUGUCCUGGUUGGGGAUAAGGUUCAGGAGGGUACAUUCUGACCUGACGCCCGAGAAUGCACAUGUUGUCCCCCCUUUUUUUGCCUCGUGCUGUCAUCGUAGAAGAAAAUAUGCUGGCGCUGCAAUCCUGGGAUUUGACGAGGCGUGUGCUCCCCAGUAGAACGAUCAAGGGUGUGGGGGCAAAGCAAAGAUGAGGAUUGUCUUCGCAUUGUUGAACGAAACACAUCUUCCUUCCAGUCGAACAACCAUGCAUACUACAGACGUAAUAAACUCGUACAGCAGUAGAGCUUUCAACGUAUCGUCUUUCACCACAUGUAUGGGCAGUUCUCUUAUUUCUCUUGGGGGAUGUUGAAACUGUUAAGUCCCAUGUACAGUUGCAAACACUAAACACCGGUCGCCCCGGUGGGCUAGUGAGUAGCUUCGCAGUCUGCUAAGGGGCAGGUCAUGGGUCCCGGCAGAGUGAGUUUUUUUCUCACUAAAUAAAUCCUGGUCUAUGCGGAAAAGAGGGUUUCGUCCUCGACAGACGUUGUGGAGUUUCAACCUUAAUGAAGGUGGUCUCCACAUUACCCCCCCGCUUUUCGAGGCUUCUUCUUGUUUGCUAGGCAAGAGAAGUCUUCUUCGGGUAACCGGAACCCGACCGGCCGGCGGCGAGUAGAACCACCUUUUUUACAACAAUCUUCUGUGCGUGUGUGCGGGUGCGCCACUUCCGCCACGCAUUGCCAGAAGUUUCGAGUUCGAUAGACAGCAGUGCAUCGUUUUUUGGCCCACCCACCGUUUUGCUUUUUUCCGUACUCCGGAAGAAAAUUAGGUGAGCAGCGGGUUUUGAACCCAUCCAUGUAUUUUGCAACCAAAUGCAGACACGCUGACAUCUCUUCGUCGACGCCAUUGUGGAAAAGAGGGUUU